GCAGUGUUGCCGGAACCGAGCAGUUUGGGUAUUUGGUCACUUUGCCUUUAUCAAUUUCUGGUCUGGUUAUCAACUUCCCUCAAUUUCAUUCGUGUUUUGAAUUCGCUGCGAGCGGACGCGUUUUAUGUUUGAAGCGAUUGUGCGGCGCGCGUUUUCGCAUGGUACAAACGUUUGAGUGCAACAAAUCGGCGGAGUUGGCCGACAGUGAUCGGCCUUAAAUGGGCUUCUGCUGAAGAAAAUGCGCGGCGUUUUGCUUUUUGGGCGUGUGCCAAAAUCAUUGCUGGAAAAAGGGAGCAAAAAGGAGUUGCAGGAGAGAGAGAAAGAGUGAGACAGAGAGAGAGAGAGGCGCUGAGAGCCUGCAAGCAAUUCCCGUUUUACCGGGGUUGCGAUUAAUGCACUUAUUGUGUUUAUAUUGCUCUACGAAUUUCCAUUAUCUUGGGCGUCCGCUUUUGGGCCACUAUUACCGUUAUCUAGGCACAGCUCCUGUUUACCGUUACUGUGUGAGUGUGAAAAAUCAAUAAAAUUCCCUGUGCGUGCGCCCUUGUGUGUGUGUGUGUGUGUGUGUCCAGCAGCCGGCUGACGUUGCUCUCUCUUCCCAUCACUUCCUCGCUCUCACUUGCUUCCCUAGUAACUGUUCCUGCAUCAACAACAACAGCAGCAGCAACAAUAACAACAGCAGCAGCAACGCAGCUGCUAUUAAUUUUGUUGUCGAAAAACGAACAAAUUGCUUGGACAACCCUUCCUGCCACAUUGCCAGCCAAAGUUAUUGGUUAACAGUAGAGACUGCCAUUGGACGACUCGGAGCCCCAACGAAGCCAAAGACUAAUCCCACAACGAAGCCAAUUAGCAAUAAGAGACCCUGCAGUCGUGUCCCAUCGUGUGCAUCAAUGAGCCGGACACACACAGUGCCAACGCCGAGAUAUUGCAGCCCAGUCCGGAGAGCACGCUAGAGAAGUCCAAGGCGGCGCCAGCGGGUGGAGCCAGCACCAGUGUGACUAGCUUGAACGGCAGCUGCAUUGCCAUCAAUGGAGGAAUAGGCGACGGAGCAACUGCAUCGUCGGCCGCACCGGCAACUACCAGCACUACCAGCACUGCUGGAGUGACCAAGAUAACAAUAACCAGUGACAACGGCAGCGCCAGCGCCAGCGCCAAAACCCAAGCCAACACAGGCGGAUCCACCGACAACUACAAGAACAGCAGCUUGGUGUCCAUCACCAGCCUAAACAGCUGCAGCGAGCUCAGUCUCAGCCAGGGCAGUACCGCCACCCUGCCCAUCAGCAGCUCCGGCUGCAGCAGCAACAACGUCAGCAGCCACCCGCUCAGCAGCAGCAGCAGCAACAACAACAGCGGCAGCGACACCUCGUCCAACAACUUCCAGGAGCGGUUCGACUUUGAGCACUGGAAGGGCUUGCUCAGCGACUACAACUGCUUCCACGGCCUGUAUCGCUACUGGAAUCAGUACAGCGGACGCAGCAGCAGUGCCACCGACCACAGCUGUGCCAGUGAACAGCAGCAGUCCCAGUCCAGCCAUGAGAACGGCCUGGGCAGCGGAGCCGGUUCCUUCUACACCCACAACAUACUAGGCUACACCUUCGGCUAUCCCUUUGGCCUGAAGGAGGACCUCGACGGCAGCGGCGGCGGCAACUGCAACAGCAACUGCCACGGCAGCAGCAACGCCAACACUCUUGGCCUCAGGAAGUGGCUUUCAGGCAGUAGCAGCAGCAACGAGACGCCGCUCCAGAAGCACUACAGGCACCAGCAGAAGAAGAAGAUGCCCGGCUUCAGGGGCAGGAGGGUGUGGUGCGGCUGCUUCAAGGACGAUGAGCCGCCCGAGAUUUGUGUGGUGGAAGGGGCUUUUACCCUGCAGACGCUCACGCCCACGCAACCCAUGCCGUCGGUGGAUGAGCUGGACACCAAGUUCGCGGAGCUGGUGGAGGAGCUCGAUCUGACGGCCCCCAACAAGGAGGCGAUGCUCAGCCUGCCCGCGCAGAAGAAGUGGCAGAUCUACUGCUCGCGGAAGCUGCCCUUGGACGCGGCCGAUGGCCCAGAUGCAGCGGCCAUCACCCAGCCCCCCACCGCAGAGCACUACAUUGAGCGACUGAAGGAGCUGGUGGUGCACAUAUCGCUCUCGCCGGAAGACUCGCCCAGCCAUGAGCUGGGCAAUCGCCUCGAUGGCCACGCCGCCUUUGUGGACGCCCUCAAGACGGCGCUGCGGACAUCCACCCACAGUUUCGUACUCCGAUUUGUGGAGCUGGACGGGCUUCCUGCGCUGCUCGACCUCCUGCUGCAGCUGGACAUCCGAGUGGCCAACAGCCCGCUGCACACCAGUCUCAUUGGUUGCAUCAAGGCCCUGAUGAACAACUCGAUGGGUCGGGCGCACGUGCUAGCCCAUCCAACGGCCAUCGACACCAUAGCCAGAUCCCUAGCGGCGGACAACAUUCGCACAAAGAUCGCCGCCCUGGAGAUUCUGGGUGCCGUGUGUCUGGUGCCCGGCGGUCAUCGCAAGGUGCUGCAGGCCAUGCUCCACUUCCAGGACUUCGCCACGGAACGAACCCGUUUCCAGAGCAUUGUCAACGACCUGGACCGCUCGACCUACGCGUACAGGGACAAUGUCAAUCUGAAGACCGCGCUCAUGUCGUUCGUGAAUGCGGUGCUCAACUACGGACCCGGCCAGGAGAACCUCGAGUUCCGACUGCACCUGAGGUACGAGUUUCUCAUGCUCGGCAUCCAGCCUGUGAUCGACAAGCUGCGCACGCACGAGAACGAAACGCUGGACAGGCAUUUGGACUUCUUUGAGAUGGUCCGUGCUGAGGAUGAGAAGGAGUUUGCCCGCCGUUUUAAGGAGGAGCACGUGGACACCAAGAGCGCCGGUUCCAUGUUUGAGCUGCUGCGCCGCAAGCUCAGUCACUCGCCCGCCUAUCCCCACAUGCUCUCCCUUCUGCAGCACAUGCUCCUGCUGCCCUAUACGGGCCACUGCACGGAGCACUGGUUGCUGAUUGACCGCGUGGUACAGCAGAUAGUGCUGCAGGUGGAACAGCGGCCAAACAGUGAUCUUAUCGUCGAUCCCGAUGACCCUGAGAAGCAACUGAAGCUGGCCGCCGAGUCGCCAAUCCACGAUCCCGACGUGGCGCCCUUGCAGAUCGACGUGGCUAAGCUGGUGCGUCUGCUGGUCAAGGAGGAGCAGCUGACACAGGCGCGAAAGCGAGCCGACGAGCUGGAGCGCGAGAACUUUGACGUCCAGUCGCGGCUGGCCAAGAAGGAGCAGGAACUCGACCUACGCAUGCAAGAGAAAGAGGACUUGGAGACGGGACUAGCGCGCAUGCGGGAGCGUUUGGAGAAGGAAUCCGCCCAGCACUCGCAGGCGGUGCAGCGAGCGCAGACUGCUGAGAUGCGAGCAGAGGAUCUGCAGCAUCGCCUGCUCAGCGAGCAGCAGGAACGGGCUCGCUUGGAACGACUGGUAACGGAGGGCAGCAUCCCAGACGACCAGAAGGUGGCCGGCCUCACUGGCUGCAAUGGUGCCGUCUCGCCUCCACCAGCACCACCCAUGCUCAAGGCCAUCCCGCCGCCUCCGCCACCCAUGGCACCGUCGAUGAUGCCCCCACCACCACCUCCUUGCCCGGGCGCCCCUCCUCCUCCGCCAAGCAUGGCACAAACGAUGGCUCCAGCGCCACCAAAAGUGGAUCUGCCAAAGAAGAACGUGCCACAGCCGACGAAUCCCCUGAAGAGCUUCAACUGGUCGAAACUGCCGGACGCCAAGCUGCAGGGCACCGUUUGGAGCGAGCUCGACGAAAGCAAGCUGUACAACAACAUGGAGCUAGAGUCAAUUGAUAAACUCUUCUCGGCCUACCAAAAGAACGGGGUAUCGGCCACCGAUGGAUCCUAUGAGGACUUACGGGUAACUGGCAAGGCGGCCAAGCAGAAAGUGCUGUCGGUGAUCGACGGACGCCGGGCGCAGAACUGCACCAUCCUGCUGAGCAAGCUGAAGAUGAGCGACAUGGAGAUAUCAAAGGCCAUCCUCUCCAUGGACAGCAACGAGCAGCUGCAACUGGACAUGGUCGAGCAACUGCUCAAGUUCACGCCCUCGGCGGAGGAGCGAGCUUUGCUGGACGAGCACAGCGAGGACAUUGAGUCUCUUGCUCGGGCCGAUCGAUUCCUCUAUGAGAUAUCCAAAAUUCCGCACUACGAGCAGCGCCUGAAGAGUCUGCACUACAAGAAGCGUUUUAUGCUGACCAUCAACGACCUGGUGCCCCGCAUAACCAGUGUGAUGGAGGCCUCUCGUGAGGUGGCUCGUUCCCGUCGCCUGCGCAAACUCCUUGAGUUGGUCCUCGCCUUAGGCAACUACAUGAACCGCGGGGCACGGGGCAACGCAUCCGGAUUCCGACUGGCGUCGCUCAACCGGCUGGCGGACACCAAGUCCAGUGCCGCCAAGGGCACCACCCUGCUACACUACCUCGUGCAGGUGAUUGAACGCAAGUUCAAGGACCUUCUUAAACUGGAGGACGAUAUCCCACAUGUGCGCGAAGCAUCCAAGGUGUCGCUGGGCGAGAUGGACAAGGACAUUCAGAUGCUACGCACGGGCCUGGCAGACGUGGCGCGCGAGAUAGAGUUCCAUCGCAGUUCGGGCCCCGCCCAGCAGGGUGACCGCUUUCUGCCCGUGAUGCGCGAGUUCCACGCCCAGGCGUCGGUGCGCUUUGCGGAGCUGGAGGACAAGUUCCAGGACAUGAAGACGCGCUUUGACCGUGCGGUACGCCUCUUCGGCGAGGAUGGUUCCGUUCUGCAGCCGGACGAGUUCUUUGGCAUCUUUGACUCCUUCCUCGCCGCCUUCGCGGAGGCGCGGCAUGACAACGAGAGCUUCCGUCGCCGCCAGGAGGAAGAGGAGAAGCGCGCCAAGCAGGAGGCGGAGCUCAAGAAGCGCACAAUCGAGCGCAAGAACAAGACCGGCCUGAUGAGCAGCGUGGCUCGCAACCUGGGCCUCAAGUCAGGUUCGUCCAACGGCGAUCCUGACUCCCCGGCUAAGGGCGGCGGAGGCGACAACAAGGGCGAGUUCGACGACCUCAUCUCGGCCCUGAGGACCGGCGACGUGUUCGGCGAGGACAUGGCCAAGUUCAAGCGGUCGCGCAAGGCGCGCGUGUUGAACGGCGGCGGGUCUUCCACUGGGCACACCUCGCCGCCCCGCCACGGCAGCCUCCAGCGGGAGGAGAGUGGGCGGGAGCGCGAGCGGACCGUGAGGCGCCAGUAGAGACGGGGUGGAGGUAGCGGUCAUGCGGACCUGACCCCGGUGUAAAGGAAUGUUUCCAGAUUGCGCGAAAGUAUUUUUUUUUCUUACAUCGUAAAGACACUCUUUUGUAAUUAUUUAUCUAAUACCCGUACCCGUACGCAUACACUACGAUUUAUGUAUACCUACAUAUAUAGCACAUAGUCUAAACGUAAAGCUCGGCUAAUGCAAGCGCGAAACCAAAUUAUUUACAAAAUCGAAACGUAAUUGUAAUUUAAAGUCUAAAAAUGUUAUGAACCAAUCGAAAACGAAUCGCCGCGAAGCGAACGCGGAUCGUCAUGUGUAGCGUACCUUGAAAAUUGUUUUUUUUCACAACCAUAUGGCAUAAAUGCUUCUAUAUCUACACUUACAUAUAUCAAACCGAUUUCACGGUGCUCACACAUCCUUAUCGUAGCGCAAUCGAGCAAACUCAGCAUAAUCACCGCACAUGGAAUCGCCGAAGAGCCCGCAGAGGAGCUCGCCGGCCUGCCAUACAGUCAUGUUCAAAAUUAAGGUACAUGCACGUACAUACGUAUAUUGUUUGUUUCUUCUUCAUUUUUUUUAGCACGAGAUCCAGAGUCGAACCCGUAUCCGUAUCCGUAUUGAACUUACAGAUAUUUUAGGGCGCUUUAGGAGUUUGCGCAGACCACGCCCCUUUUGCGGAGAAAGCUAUCUAUUGCAAAUCACACCCUUACUAUUAACAAAUUAUAAUAAACAUUUAUUGUGAAUGAAAUAAACG